ACCAAGUGCUCGAAGAGUUUUUAGAAUAUUGCGAUUCAAAAGACGUAAAGUUUUGUUUUAAAUGACAGCAACAAAUGAUUUCUUUGUUAACCAUCACUUUUCAUGCACAAAAUAGCGAGGAUUUUCUUGUUCACGUGAUUGUGUAGCAGUGUGUGAAAGUAGUACCCUGCGCACGGCGACCGAGGCGGUGUGGUCGGCGCGGGAAACUGCUCGCCGCAUUUCGUUCCGUGGCUCAGUUCGGUUUGAAUUCGUGUCGUGUGAGGUGUGCCGUCGCGAGCAAAUCAUAUCACCAUGGCCGACCAGCUGACCGAGGAGCAGAUCGCCGAGUUCAAGGAGGCGUUCUCGCUGUUCGACAAGGAUGGCGAUGGCACCAUCACCACCAAGGAGCUGGGCACCGUGAUGCGCUCCCUGGGUCAGAACCCCACCGAGGCCGAACUGCAGGACAUGAUCAACGAGGUGGACGCGGACGGAAACGGCACCAUCGAUUUCCCCGAGUUCCUCACCAUGAUGGCGCGGAAAAUGAAGGACACCGACUCAGAAGAGGAGAUCCGGGAGGCCUUCCGCGUGUUCGACAAGGACGGCAACGGCUUCAUCUCAGCUGCCGAGCUCAGGCACGUGAUGACCAACCUGGGUGAGAAGUUGACAGACGAGGAGGUGGACGAGAUGAUCCGGGAGGCCGACAUCGAUGGAGACGGCCAGGUCAACUACGAAGAGUUCGUCACAAUGAUGACGUCCAAGUGAGCAGCGGAACAACCGGUGCGUGCCGUAUUACAACAGAGCAUCGUGACAAUAUAGGUGCUAUAUUGUGCGGUGCGGGCGUGGCGGCGGACGGCUCGGCGCCAGACGCCAACUGGCGGGCCGAGACCUUCAGUCCUCUACAUUCCUGAUUUUUAUACGUCUCCACUGUGGUAGCUGGGGUCGCCCGGUAGCCGCGAUCGUCGCCAUGCGCUGUCGUCACCGCUCUUCGUGUCCACCAUUUAUUCUCCGUGUUCCCCCGUGAUGCGUUCUGUUUGCGUUUCCAGCGUGGUUCUGGUUUUAUUUAUGGGCGCUAGGCGUAUUGUGAAAGCGGGCUAGGGCUCGCCAGAAGUGGAGGGUACAUGCCGAUACCAAUGUCAGUCAAACGUGAUUUUAACAGUGAUUUAGCGUGAAGAGCAUGGUAAUAUAUGACUGAGAUCAGAGUGAAAA